AGCAAAAAGUUAUGCCCUUACAAAGUUUUGACCCAUGAGACUGGAUCCGGACCCGCGUCUCGACCAGUUCAUCAAAACGACGCCGUUUUUGUCGACCCACAAAAUAGGAAUAACUAUAAUGGGCCCGCCGCAACACGAGGGCUUCCAUACCUCACUAACCCAAUGCCUCCUAAAACCCUCUUCGCAAACAAGCCCAAGUCUAAAACCCACCCUAAGAAAAUUCAUAACCCCCCAUCUCGUCCUUCUGUCUGUCUUACGGGCUCACUGCUGUUUCUGGAAGUCUUCUCUCCUCUGUGUGAUUCUCAGCUAUGUUCCUUAUUGCUUCAAAGUUAGCUUCCUCCAUCAGGUCUGUGGCAGGGUCAUAUGCAGUAGAAAUUAUGCUGUGAAGGAUAUCAGUUUUGGGGUUGGGGCUCGUGCAACUAUGCUUCAGGGUGUCAAUGAGGUUGCAGAAGCUGUAAAAGUCACAAUGGGACCGAAGGUAGUUGAGUUAUUAUUGGUUUGUUGUUUCUUUUGUCUUCCUUUGUUUUACUGAGAAUUUGUG